GAUUGUUUUGCAUUUUUGCUCUCUUCGUUUUUUGGGGUCGAAAAAAAUUAGGGUUUCUUUUUUUUUUUUGGUUCUGUUAAUGGCGACGACGACGCAAGGGCAGCAAACGGCGAUUGACACGGCGGUUCUCGAUGAUAUAAUCAGGCGACUCACGGAGGUCCGGUUAGCUAGACCAGGAAAGCAAGUCCAGCUCUCGGAAGCUGAGAUCAAACAGCUCUGUACUACUGCUAGAGAUAUUUUCCUUCAGCAACCCAAUUUGCUUGAGCUUGAGGCUCCCAUCAAAAUCUGUGGUGACAUACAUGGGCAAUAUAGUGAUCUGCUGAGGCUAUUCGAGUACGGUGGCUUCCCUCCUAGUGCCAAUUAUCUUUUUCUGGGGGACUAUGUGGACCGAGGCAAACAGAGUCUUGAAACAAUAUGUCUCUUACUAGCUUACAAGAUCAAAUACCCUGGGAACUUUUUUCUACUAAGGGGAAACCACGAAUGUGCUUCUAUCAAUCGGAUUUAUGGGUUUUAUGAUGAAUGUAAAAGGAGGUUCAAUGUGAGGGUAUGGAAGGUUUUCACUGACUGUUUUAAUUGCCUUCCUGUUGCGGCGCUUAUAGAUGACAAAAUAUUGUGUAUGCACGGUGGACUUUCGCCGGAUCUUGACCAUUUGGAUGAGAUUAGAAACUUGCCUCGUCCUACUAUGAUUCCGGAUACCGGGCUUCUCUGUGAUUUGCUCUGGUCUGAUCCUGGGAAAGAUGUUAAAGGAUGGGGAAUGAAUGAUAGAGGUGUUUCAUACACCUUUGGUCCUGAUAAAGUUUCCGAGUUUCUUACAAAGCAUGAUUUAGACCUUGUGUGUCGUGCCCAUCAGGUCGUGGAGGAUGGUUAUGAGUUCUUUGCUGAUAGACAACUUGUGACGGUGUUUUCAGCUCCUAACUACUGUGGUGAAUUUGAUAAUGCUGGUGCGAUGAUGAGCGUGGACGAGAACCUUAUGUGCUCGUUUCAGAUUUUGAAGCCCGCAGAGAAGAAGACCAAAUUCAUGAUGUCCACAAAGAUUUGAUCCUUUCAUUGAGAUGGAUUUGGUGUUACUCGAGAAAUUGAUUGAAACCAUUGAAGACUUGGCUGUGAAGUGUGUACUGAUGGUAGUGAGAACUCUUGGAAAGGAGCAAGACCUUAGUCUUCUAAUCUCUUUCUUCCCCAAAUUCACUUUCUGCAUAAUUUUCUAUCUUCUUUUAUGGGUUUACAUGAUUUUCAUCUGCCUGUUGAGAUCACAUAGUUGGUGUGUACAUGCAUAUGGUCGUUUCUUGGAUUUUAGGACACCAAAUGAAAUGGUGUUAUAAAA